AUGCGAUGCAAAGAUUUUAUGAUAAGACGAUCGAGGCCAGAAGUGAAGCGGAGUGAUCCAGAUGGACCCUCUUAUCCCUCACCGAAUGGAAAACGGGAUAAGAGAGAAAAAAGACCAGCGACAGGUGCUUUUCUGGCCUUUGCUUUGACGCUGGGGGUGAUCUACCUGACAAUCUUCAAAAGUCGUUCCUCAGUACGAAAGCAAAUUUCUCCUGCUGCUGAAGUCAUUUCUGGUUCUUCAGGUGCAGGUACUCCAAAUGCUACGGAAAUAGACAAGGAUUCAGCGAUUGUGGAAUGUAUUGUAUCGACGGCUAAUUGGAAGAGUGACGAAGCUGCUAAUGGAGUCUUGAGGAUAACAGUAGACAGGCGCGCUCCAGAUUCCGAGUUGUUCCUCUAUCUAGUUUCGGAAGGAUACUACGAUGAGACUCAUAUUUUUCGAGUAAUCAAGGGCUUUGUCGCACAGUUUGGGUUCCAUCCAGACAAAGAAAUGAUAAAUUGGAAGGCAAAGAUUGAGAACAAAAGGAAAGUGCAUCGAUCUUUUAAGGCAGGCAAGAUAAAUUUGCAGAAUGAAAAGGGGACUCUGACGAUGAUAAAGGGUCCGUCGCCACAAAUUUUUUUAAAUAUUGGAGAUAACCGCCGUCUUGACAAGGAUGGUACGUUGCCGGUUGGCUUUGUGGAUGAUUAUAGCAUAUAUCUCGGUGAAAAGAUAUACAGUGGAUACAAGCCUGGGAUUGGUCAGAUAGCUUCCAUCAAGAAUGGCACUGUGUCUGAGUUGUUCCCAAGAAUGAGCAAAAUAGAGAAAUGUUCGUUUCGAGAGUAA